CACGUCUCAGAGGUUCUCCCAUCAAACGGGUGUGGGUGUACUGCGCAUGAGCAUGAGCGAGUUCUGUCGGAAGCCAGAUCGGGUUUAACCAAGAGAUCCACAUCAAAACCGAAAAUAAAAAGUCAUGUCAGGAUUUCUGGACGGAAUCCGCUGCGGAGACUGCGAGUGCAAUGUGGACUGGGGAGAGAGGAGAAACACCAUCGCAUCUAUAGCUGCUGGAGUUCUGUUCUUCACAGGUUGGUGGAUCAUCAUUGAUGCAGCAGUGAAAUAUCCUGAUGAGGUGCAAUUUCAUCAUGCCUAUCACACAUGUGGCGUCAUAGCAACAGUGGCCUUUCUCAUGAUAAAUGCUGUUUCAAAUGGCCAGGUGAGAGGUGACAGCUACAGUGAAGGAUGCAUGGGGCAGACAGGCGCUCGUGUGUGGCUCUUCAUCGGUUUCAUGCUGGCUUUCGGCUCUCUCAUUGCCUCCAUAUGGAUUCUCUUCGGGGGAUUCGUAGUGCCCCAAAAGCUAGUCGUGUACCCUGGUAUUGCCAUUUUCUUCCAAAAUGCAUUCAUUUUCUUUGGUGGUUUGGUCUUCAAGUUUGGACGCACAGAAGAUCUCUGGCAGUAAUGGACUGAGCACACCUUUAUGUCCACAGUUAUACACUGCUUUCUAAACUGUAUGAGACAACAUGCUUGAGCAGUUAUUCACUUUAUAUAUAAACUAUUUUUAGCUUAAGAUCUUUAAUUUAUGUUAUUUUCUAUAUAAUAGCUAAAUCAUAACUAAGCACAAAAUUUCAUAGGUUUGUUAAAAGUUUGAAUAUUUUCAAAUGUGGCACAUCUUUAAAUGUGUCUGUUUGCACUCACUGUGUAACCAUGUUGUUAGAAUAUUUUACAACUUGUGUAUAUUGGGGGCCGUGCUACUAUUUUCCUGCGGGUAAAUUCAUUUCUAUGACAUCCUUAAGUUUGAACAGUUAGCCUAAUGGUACAAGAUAUCAUUGAGGGAUGUUCACAUUUACUGAAUGUAUGUGAGGCUGUUGGUUUUUAUUCUUGUAGCUUUAUCAGCUCUGAAACUUUGCAGUAAUUCAGAUUUAUUGAGUUUAUUUAGCCCACAUUGCAGACCUGAAGUCAGCAAAGGUUUCAAUACAGCAUGGUGUUGUUUAUGUAACAGAAAUUUGCAUUUAAGUGCAGCACCAAUCUCUUUUUCUCAACCAAAACAUUGAAUCAGUUCUGACAACAAUGACAGCAUUAAACAUAUUGAGCAGUAAA